AUGUCUACUGCCGAGCUCGCCUGCUCUUACGCCGCCCUCAUCCUCGCCGAUGACGGCGUCGAGGUCACCGCCGACAAGCUCCAGACUCUCCUGUCUGCCGCCAAGGUUCCCGAGGUUGAGCCCAUCUGGACUUCCAUCUUCGCCAAGGCUCUCGAGGGCAAGGACAUCAAGGACCUGCUGACCAACGUCGGCUCCGGUGGCCCUGCCGCUCCCGCCGCCGCCGGUGGUGCUGCUGCCGCCGCCCCCGCCGAGGCUGCUGAGGAGAAGAAGGAGGAGGAGAAGGAGGAGUCCGACGAGGACAUGGGCUUCGGUCUCUUCGACUAAGCGUCUCGCUCCAAUUCCGCUUCUUUUUUUCCUUUCCAACCUCGUUUCCUUCCUCUCUUCUAUCCGUUUCGCCCUCGCAUCUCUUGUACCCGAUACUACGCGACCGCACGAAUUACCAAAAAGGGAAAAAAUUUUGCCAAAAAAGGAUGGGACAGCCGAUAUGGACUGGGCGCUGGGGGCCGUUUCUGGUAUGAUCAAUGGGCUAUUUUUUUUGUCGUCAUGGCCCGGGUGGACGGAUGCCGCUGGGAUUCCGGCCUGGUUGGCUGGCUACAAGAUGAGGGAUGGGAAAAGAGAAACGACAGUCGGGACUCGUUGGGCCCAUCGGAUGGGUGUGGUUCGCGGGUUUCCCUUACUGAAAUGAAUUUCCAUCUCAGCUAGUCCGUUUUUUUUUUUGGAGCUUAGGUGCCCAGCUCUCAUGCCAUGUCUUGUCAUGCGAC